AUGGAUCUGGGCCCUCACGUACCCAGCCAGGCGUUUACCAAAGACGUCGACCUCUACGCCGAGGUCACGGCCAAGUCCACCCGAGACACUGCCAAUGAAUUCCUUAAGCUCCUUUCUCCCCUGGCGCCGGGGACCAAGAUCCAUGACAAUGGGUGCGGAGCAGGCGAGGUGACAAGCGCCAUCAUGGCCGUGAACCCGCCCACAGACAUCUCAAUCGAGGCGACAGACGUAGACCCAACCUACCUGGAGCGACUGACGGUGGCGGCGGGCGCAAAACAUUGGCCGGUGACGGCCUCGCGCAUGGCGGCCGAGGACCUCACCUUUGCUGACGAGACAUUUGACCUCUCGGUGGCCAACUUUGUCAUCUUCAUGACGCGCGAGGGCGGCGUGCCCGCCGUCUCUCAGAUGCGGCGCACGCUACGGCCCGGCGGCAGCGCCAUUUUCACCUCGUGGGCCCGGCUACCGCAGGUCGGGCCGGCGCAGGCCGCGCACGCAGCGACGCGGGGCCCGGAUGGGCCACCGCUGCGCGAAAUUCCUCCCGAGUGGUGGCGCGGCGAGCACCUACGCGGCGUCGCCAUCAAGGCCGGCUUUGCCCAGGGGCAGACUGAGUUGCAUACUGUGAAUGUCCACCUGCACUACGACAGCGCCGAGCGGCUCGCGCGCCUCAUCUGGAGCUGGCUGGGGCCCCCGCUGUCGGGCUGGCUCGAGUCGGAUGAGGAGAACUGGGACAAGGCCAUUGAGGUCAUCCUGAAGAGCUUCGAGGAGAACGAUGACUUCAAGCUAGGGCCGGACGGCGUCGAGGUGCAGCUGACUGCCAAUGUGCUUAUUGCUCGCAAGUAG